AUGUAUACCCAAGCACUUCUUAUUUCAGCCCUUGUGGCCAUCACUGAAGCCCGAUUCGCUCAGGAACAGAUCCCCAUCCAAGCUAUCUCGGAUCUUGGUGCCUUUGGAAAUUCUGGCGAGGCUGCAACGCUCGCUGGUCAAUCCAUCUCAUUCUUGCUCGCAGCCGCUAACCCUUGCGGAAAGCUUUCCCAAGCAGACAAGAUUGUCGCCACCCUCGGAACGGAUCCAGAAGUUAUUGCAGCUGCCCGUGGUCUUGUCGCCGCCGAGCAAAACUUCAACCCCUUUGUCGUUUCCGUCCCUUCUAUCUGCAGCGAUGCUUCCCUUCCCGCAACUGAGGAGCUUAGAGGUGUUGUUCCUCUCGUCGAUCCUGCCGUUACCGGGUCUGAUGUCGAGAAUGCCAACUCCGCUACCUCUCUUACCACCCCCUUCGAUGCUACGGGACUGAGUGUCGCCGAGGUUAUGGCUGCUCAGGGCUUCUCAAACUUCACAACCAAGGCAGCUGAUGGAACCGCUGGAGCCGCACCAGCCGGAGGCGCUGGAGGAAAUGCAGGCGCUGGAGGAGCUGGAGGAGCUGACGCAGCCCCAGUCGCUGCACCAGCGGCAUCAAAUCCUGCUAGCGCAGUCGCCGAUGCCUGUGUUCCAUCCACAACUUUCAUCACCGCAACCAAGGCUGCCGGAUCUGCCGCCACUGGUGCUGCCGCCGUUGAGACUGGUGCCGCUGAUGCCCCAGCUACCGCAGCCCCAGCCGCCGGAAAUGGAGUCGGAGCUGUCAGUGACCCAGUAACUGGAACAUUCGAUGGAUUCGUCGCCUCAUCCAUUGCCGGCAACGACUUCGGAACAUGCGUACCAACCAUCAAGUUUGAGGCCGGACUCAACGGCCGCAAGGAGACUGAGUUCACCUUCCAAGCCAUCGACCCAGUCGUCAACAAGGGUCAACAAGAGGCCUUGAACCCCAACAUCAUCACCAACCGCAUCUGCGAUCAACUUGGCAACGUCUGUGGAGCCAGCGAGGCCGGAAAGGCAGCAUGCUUGGCCGCAAAGGCUGACAUUCUCGCUCUCGGCACCCGCGAUCAAUCCACCGCCGAUGCAUGGAACACCGCUCUCGGAUUCGCCGGUACCAACACCAACCCAGACAACGCUCCUCAAGCCGGUCUCGUUGGCCACACAUAA